AUGAACACUCAGGUACUUAUUGUCGGCGCGGGCCCGGUUGGGCUAACCCUCGCCAUCGACCUUGGGCAGCAAGGCAUCAAUUGCAUCCUCAUUGAAAAAAAGGGGGCGCCGGAAUUCCUGCCCAAGAUGGAACGCUGCAAUGCCAGAACCAUGGAAAUCUACCGCCGUCUGGGCAUUGUUGAGCGAAUCCGCGAGGCCGGGCUCAAUUCCGACGCGCCCAUGGACGUUUUCGUCAUAACGAAAAUGACCGAACCGCCGCUGCUUCAGCUGGAAUACGAUUCCGUCGCCAGGGCACAGGCGCACAUCGCAGGCGUCGAAGACACGUCUGAACCUGCAGAAGCCUACCAGCUCAUUUCCCAGUACACGCUCGAGCCCCUUUUAAAGAAGGUCGCCGAAGCCCUGCCUUCCGUCACUGUCAUGUAUGGCACGGAGUUUGAAGCCUUCCGUCAGGAUCAGACCGGCGUGACAACGACGGUGCGCACAUCGAAUGACGAAACAUUCGAUAUCCGCUCCACCUAUAUGGCCGGCUGCGACGGGGGCGCCAGCCGCGUGCGUAAGGCACUCGACAUAUCGCUGCGCGGCGAGGGCAAUCUGCUCAAACUGCGCCAGGCGCUCUAUCACUGCGACGAGCUGUUUGACCGCCUCCCGCUCGGUGCGGGACCCGGUCACGGGCGACACUACCAUGUUGCCGACAAUCAGGCCUCCUUCCUGAUCAUGCAGGACUCGACGCGUCAUUGGACGCUUCAUGCCGUUGUCGAGGACGAUGCCGCCAUGGCCACACAAUUUGAAAAAAUUGUCGCUGCGCCGGUCAAAUAUGAGAUGCUGUAUGUCGGCGAGUGGAAGCAGAAUCUUCUGCUGGCAGAUCGCUAUGGCGAGGAUCGGGUAUUUCUUGCCGGCGAUGCGGCUCAUCUCGUCAUUCCGACCGGCGGGCUGGGUAUGAACACCGGUGUCGGCGAUGCAAUCGACCUUUCCUGGAAACUGGCGGCCACGCUGCGCGGUUGGGGCGGGCCUAAGUUGCUGAAGUCAUAUGAAGUCGAGCGCCGCCAGAUCGGAGACCGCAAUAUUGGCGCUUCGCGCUACGCAUCGCUGGGUCGGCGCAAAUGGCGCUCCCAGUGGGCCAAAGGAUUCCACGACGAGACUCCGCAGGGCGAAGCAUUGCGAAACAAUCUCGCCAACGUCGCCGAAAUCGAGCAGCGGAAGACCAAUGAGAUGGUGGGCGCCGAACUCGGCUACCGCUAUGUGGAUAGCCCCCUCAUCUGGGAUGAACCCGGUGGUCCCGAGCAGCUGUUCAGGACUUAUGAUUCGACCCCCUGGACCGGCGUGCGCCUGCCCCACAUCUGGGUGAAACCCGGAGUAUCCAUUCAGGAUCUGGUGGGACGGAACUACGCGGUCUUGCGUAUGGGGCCCAAUACCGAAGCUGUCGACCCCAUCGUCGAGGCGUUCAGACAAAUUGGCGCGCCCAUAAAGGUGCUCGAUUUUCCGGAAGACAGAUAUCGUGACCUCUACGGCUGCAGCUAUUUCCUCGUACGCCCCGACUUGCAUAUCGCAUGGCGCGGAAACGGGCUUCCUGAAAAUCCCCGGAAGCUGGCGGCUUUGGUCACCGGGUUUCCCGUCGACAAUAUGGCGCGAUACCAUGCCGCCUGA